AUGAACGAUAGAAUCCGCGAGAUGAGAACGAAUAUCGAUACUCUGCGAAUGGAGAAAGUGCAAGUCUACGAUGCCUUGAAAAACAAUCUUGACCAGGCAAGAACAUUUCUACUCUUCCGCAAUACGGGAAGUCUCGUAUGCCCGUGCAGAAAAGAAGCAGUUGGCUGCCAACAGAAACUGUCCGAGUUAAAGGCCGCUGAUGACUCAGAGAAGCGAGCUUUUAGAAAGCAGAUCGGAGAUAUGAAGAAGCAGAUAACAGAAAUUCAUCGUGAAGGGCAGGAGUGGGAGGUGCAGACCAACCGCGAGAGUAUCAAACAGAGGCUUAGCGCUCGGCGAAGCCCUCGAGGUCGUCAUCGUGAUGGUAAACCAUUCUUACCGUCAUCGGCGAGAGAAGGGAUCCUGGCGGAAUACACGAAUGCUGUGGAAGAGGAGACUUUCUCAGAGAUGAAUACUAUGAAAAGAAUAUUAAAGCUAGCAUUGUUGAACUCGAUCCAAAGAAGACAUAUUAGACAACAUAACAGGAACAGCGAAGUGUUCGAGCAGGCUUUCCGUACUAUCCAGCAAUCCACGGGUGUCACAGAGGCCGGAGAUAUCGUGAAAAUCUUCGUCAAGGCCGAACAAGAGAAUUACGGGUUGGGGACUUAUUCGAAUGUGCUGUCGAGAGACAUCGAGGAUUGGAAAAAGGAGAACAGAAGACUCAAGAAGGCUCUGGCCAUGCACCAUGCCAGAGUUGCUGGCGAUGCUGAGAAAAGACAAAAGGCACUUGUACAACUCGAGAGGGACAUCGAGGAGAAAAAGAAAGGCGCCGAAAGCAACCUUGAGGUUUUGGAUGAGAUCAAAACUUUGCUCGAAGACGCUCUGUCUACGACGAAGGAGAUGGCGCAAGUUCUUCACAAGGAGCGACGAGGCCGCGGUGACCCUUCGCAAAUUGAAGAACAUCAGGAACCCCGAUCACCGAGGAAGACCGAAAUCCAAGGCUAUCAAGCAGAGAUCCCAGGUGACAGCGAAGUAUUGCUGAAAUACCUCGACUACAUUGAGCGAUCCUUGAGCAGAUGGGCAGACGCUGUGCCUAGCAUGCAAAUGUCGGCGUUGUCUCCGCCUGCAUCACCUAGCUUCAACAUACCGCGAGAUGGAACACCACUUGUUCCUACUGGAGACCUUCCUGUAGCUCGCCUCACUCAAUCAGCGGCGCAGGCAGCAGCCGCGGCACACCGACGCAAGUCUGGAAGUACGAUACGAUCGGAUUGCUCGUCUAGUGAUGAAGAACACUUCGCCAAGCUCGAUCGACCAUGCACCUUGACGGAGUUGAAGAUGAUCGCGAAGGCUUCCAUUGAGAAGAGACGUCUUCGGAGAAAAGCAAAGAGAGUAACCCUCGCGCCACCAAGGGUUUCUGUUGACUCCGCCACGCGUCGCUCCCUCGGCUACGAUGAAUUCGUUGCUCCAAUUGCAUCUACUGAUAUGAAUUCGCUGGAAGAGGGCGCACCGGCGAAAAAGCUCCGACCUUUCUUCACCAAGAAGGAACGUGAAGGAAUCACCCCCAAGAACAUUGAGAAGAUCUUUAAGUCGAAGUAUAAGUUGGAUCGAGCUCAGCUCGCUGACAAACUGCAUGCGAUAAGGAUUAGUUUGCAUGAUUUAUAUCGCCUGAGGCAGAAAUUCGACAGGCAUGACGUGGAAGGAUCUGGGAGGAUCAGAGUUAGUCAGUUGAAGAAUCUCCUAGCGGAUCUCGGGGAGAAGGUCACAGCAAAGAAGAUAGAGAAGGCGUGUGCUGAACUCGAUAAGCGCAAACUGGGCAAGGUGGAGUUCUACAACUUCGUAGGGUGCCUUCUAUUCGUGCUCUCGGGGACUCCAACAUUUUCAGGCACGCUGGUUUGCAUUGCCAAUGGAGGAUGA